AGGAGGACUGGGUCCUCUGUAAAGGACUACUCACUGGAAUAUUUCUGAAGUACCUUGUGGAAUAACUACAGUCUCAGAAACGUACUGAGGCCUUUACAGCUCAGCGGAACCACCCUCGCCAGAGGCUAUACCGAGCAAGAACAAUGGAGGUUGGCAGGAAGCUCAUUUGCAGACAAAGGCAAGUCUUUUUCUUCUUUUUCUUCUUGGGCUUAGCUCAGGCGGGCUCUGAAUUUAGGCGUUAUUCUGUGGUGGAAGAAACUGAAGGGAGCUCUUUUGUAACCAAUUUAGCAAAAGACCUGGGUCUGGGGCAGGGGGAACUUUCCAGGCGGGGAGCUAGGGUCAUUUCCAAAGGAAACAAACUGUAUCUGCAGCUCGAUCAGGAGACUGGGGAUUUACUGCUAAAUGAGAAACUGGACCGCGAAGAACUGUGUGGUCAGACAGAGCCCUGUAUGCUGCGUUUCCAGGUGUUGCUAGAGAAUCCCUUAGAGUUUUUUCAAGCUGAGCUACAGGUAAUAGACAUAAAUGACCAUGCUCCGGUGUUCAUGGACAGACAUAUGUUGCUAAAAAUAUCAGAGAGCAGUCCUCCUGGGACUAAGUUUCCUCUGAAGAACGCUCAGGACAUGGAUGUAGGCCGAAACAAUAUUGAAAACUAUACCAUCAGUCCCAACUCCUAUUUCCGGGUCCUCACCCGCAAACGCAGCGAUGGCAGGAAAUAUCCGGAACUUGUGCUGGACAAAGUGCUGGAUCGGGAGGAGGAACCUGAGCUCAGGUUAACCCUCACUGCUCAGGAUGGCGGUUCUCCACCCCGGUUUGGCACCGCUCAGGUCUCCAUCGAAGUCGUGGACAUCAACGAUAAUGCCCCUGAAUUUGAGCCGCCUUUCUAUAGGGUGCAGAUCCCCGAGGACAGUCCCAUAGGCUACCUGAUUGUCAAAGUCUCUGCUACGGAUAUAGACAUAGGAGUCAAUGGAGAGAUUUCCUAUUCACUUUUCCAGGCUUCAGAAGAGAUUAGCAAAACCUUUGAGAUCAACGCCAUGACAGGAGAAAUUCGACUGAAAAAAAAACUUGAUUUCGAAACAACUCAGUCUUAUGAGGUCAAUAUCGAGGCCAGAGAUACUGGAAGUCUUUCUGGGAAAUGCACCGUUCUGACUCAAGUCAUGGAUGUGAACGACAAUGCUCCAGAAGUCACCAUGUCUGCACUUACCAGGCAGAUCCCCGAGAACUCUCCUGAGACUGUGGUUGCAGUUUUCAGUGUUUCAGAUCUUGAUUCUGAAGAGAAUGGGAAAAUAAGUUGCUACAUUCAGGACGAUCUACCUUUUUUCCUUAAAUCUUCCAUGGAAAACUUUUAUACCCUAGUAACAGAGAGACCGCUAGACAGAGAGACCAGAGCAGAAUACAACGUCACCAUCACCGUCACGGACUUGGGGACACCCAGAUUGAAAACCGAGCACAACAUAACCCUGCUGGUGUCCGACGUCAACGACAACGCCCCCGCCUUCACCCAGACCUCCUACACCCUGUCCGUCCGCGAGAACAACAGCCCCGCCCUGCACAUCGGCAGCGUCCGCGCCACAGACAGAGACGCGGGCACCAACGCCCAGGUCACCUACUCGCUGCUGCCGCCCCUCGACGCGCACGUGCCCCUGGCCUCCCUGGUGUCCAUCAACCCGGACAACGGCCACCUGUUCGCCCUGAGGUCCCUGGACUACGAGGCCCUGCGAGCGUUCGAGUUCCGCGUGAGCGCUGCCGACCGCGGCUCGCCCGCGCUCAGCAGCCAGGCGCUGGUGCGCGUGCUCGUGGCGGACGACAACGACAACGCGCCCUUCGUGCUGUACCCGCUGCAGAACGCCUCGGCGCCCUGCACCGAGCUGGUGCCCAGGGCGGCCGAGGCGGGCUACCUGGUGACCAAGGUGGUGGCGGUGGACGGCGACUCGGGCCAGAACGCCUGGCUGUCGUACCAGCUACUCAAGGCCACGGAGCCCGGGCUGUUCGGCGUGUGGGCGCACAACGGCGAGGUGCGCACGGCCCGGCUGCUGAGCGAGCGCGACGCGGCCAAGCACAGGCUGCUGGUGCUGGUCAAGGACAACGGCGAGCCGCCGCUCUCGGCUAGCGUCACGCUGCACGUACUGCUGGUGGACGGCUUCUCGCAGCCCUACCUGCCGGCCCCGGAAGCGGAAGCGGCGGACGUGGCCCCGGCCGCCCCGCUCACCGUCUACCUGGUGGUGGCCUUGGAGUCGGUGUCGUCGCUCUUCGUCUUCUCGGUUCUGGUGUUCGUCGUGGUGCGGCUGUGCAGGAGGGGCGGGGCGGCCUCGGUGGGUCGCUGCUCGGUGCCCGAGGGCCACUUUCCGGGCCACCUGGUGGACGUCAGCGGCACGGGGACCCUGUCCCAGAGCUACCAGUACGAGGUGUGUCUGAAGGGGGGCUCUGGGACCAGCGAGUUCAAGUUUCUGAAGCCAAUUGUGACCAAUUUUCAGGGCCAUUCCCCUGGCCCAGAUAUAGAAGAAACCCCCAACUUUAGGAAAGAUUUUGGUUUCAGUAUUCAGUGACAGCAAUUGUGUUUCACGUUCCAUAUAUUUUAAAUUGAUGAUACUUCAAGGUGAUGGUUUUUCUGGCAACCUAUCAUGAACUUUUAAACUACACUCAACUUGCUUGCAAAUUUUGUUUUAAAGAAAGCUAUCUUUUCUUCAUUACUGUAAGAAGAUUAAUGGUCCUAAAUCUUGCCUCUCAAAACACUGUUGAAGUCAAUAAAUGUACAGGUUCUUUCUGGCAUAGCUUAGAAAUGUUAUGAAGAAAAACAGUGGGAAAUUAAUUCUGUAUAAUCAGUUAUAUUUCCUUGAGUUUUUCUUAUUAGUUUUUAAACCAUUAAGUACAUAAGAGCAGUACUGCACUAACACACUGAAGCAUGCCCAAUCAGGAAGGAGAGAGAACUGGUACAGUGAGAAUUUGGCUCUUACUUUAUUCUGCUUUCAUAGCACUUGAUUCUUAUUUUCUCUUAUUAAUUGUAUAUUCAUUAAUAUACCAGUGUUAGUUUUAAUAUAGUUAUUGUAAUUGCUUUCCACUUAGUUUCCCUGGUGUAAAAGGGGAGAAAAAGCUACACUGUGUUUAUCCAGUGUGAUGAAAGGGCAUAGCAGGAAAUUGGCUUUUCCCACUUGAGAAACAUUGGUCAUACUGUGACAGAAAAUGCAGUAGCUAUCCAAUCUCCAUUCAUCUUUUCUUCUUUGGUAACACACUCCAAAUUUCAUUUAGAGCAUUAGUGUGCUUAGUCAAAAGAACGUUUUCCCAGGCUCCUUGGCAGCUAAAACGGGACACUUGACUACAUGUAUAUGUAAAUGUUGUUAGAGACUUCCAAGAAGGCCAUUAAAAGGGAGGUGACUCAUCUAGGAAGGGGUCCCUUUUUGUCCUUCUCUACCUGCUUCUUGCUGCUUGGAAUGUGGGAGUCUUGGUUGGAACACAAUUAGUCAUAUUGAGCCAUAAAGCAACACUAAGGAUGGAAAUAAUGGACCAAGACAGUCAGUAUAGAAUAAACUGAUUGAUAAGGACCCCUGAUAAUCACAGUUACCAUGUCAUCCCUGGAUUGCUCACUUCUGAGCUUUUUUUACAUAAGAAAUAAAGGAACUUCUAUCUCAUUUAAGCCACCAUCAUUUUAGUUUUGUGCUACCUCCAGUGGAAUCCAAUCCUAAUGCUUUCACAGUAAGACUUUUUGUUAAAAUGUUAUAUAAUACGGUAAAAUGGACAGAUCUUAAGUGUGUAGUUUGCUCUAAUUGAUCUUUGUCAAGUUUUCCUUGAUUUCUAAUUUACUUAAGAGUACAGAGUGCUUUACAUUCAUUAUCUUUUUAAUCCUCUGCCAAACCCUAAGGAAGUUGGCAUGUUAUUUCCUCUUUUACUUGUUCACAAUUCUGAAGUAAUAAAAGGAAAAAUUUGGAAUAUAUUCUAAGUCUACUUGAAUGGAAUGUUCCAGUUCUUAACCAGUACGCUAUCACAGCAGGCAUUAACUGGUGGCAUUGUCUUCCUAACCAAGGAAGUGAAAUCCUUCUAUUGCAUGAAUUGAACUCCUAUAUAGAAAUGUAACUUUUAGUCUGUAGCUUGAUUGUUCUAUACCAGAGAUCACACUGCUCUGGACCAAUAAACCCAAAGUUCUUACAGAAGCACUGACCUAAGUAAGCUGGGUCAGGUACCACAAUUGACCUUCAUCAUGAUCUUAUCAGCCUGAUUACCUUCCUGUACCUUCUCAACAUAUCACAUUCAUAAUUGCAGAAAUGAAGGCCCUAAACAGGGAGUAGAAUUACCCUAUGGUUGUAUUUCUGGAGUUUUUUUGUACUAUUCCUUCAGUCUUUUUCUGUCAGUCCUAAUAUAUAUUUUCUCUUUUUUUUGGAAGUUUAUUAUAUACAUUCUGUAAGUCCCUUAUUCAAAUUAAAUAUACUGUAUUCAUUAUAGCGCACUAUUUCUUUGAAAGCAGUUGCUAUUCUAGUAUUAGCUCUAAAUGAAAUAACUAAUUUCAGAAAAGUAUAGGCAAUGAUGUGGAGGAAUUUUUAUCACUAAAUAAUUUAGAGAUUCUGGAAAUUAAAUAGAAAUAAAGAUGAUAGGCUCCAGUUAUUUUCUAUUAAAACUAACCAUAUGUCUUUGACAACGCCUCUUAAAAAUUAUGCUGAAAAAAGAUUUAGAGGGUCAUAAAUGACUUUAUUCUGAAAGGAUGGCUCACAAGAGCCGAAUCAGACAUUCUUCAGCAUUUGCUGUGAUAAUCCAAUUUUGUAGAGUGAUGAAUUUUUGUUGACUCAGAUGCUGGGUGCAUGAAAUUUCAUGCUUAUGUAUUCAUUUUCUAUUUCUACUAUUAAAAAUUAUCACAAACUUGGUUGCUUAAAACAAUAAAAAUGUACUACUAUA